UCUUAGGUGCGACUUCUGCAUUUAAGUUUGCGGUGAGACUCGUUUGUCUACAAUUUGCGAGCCUCUUUGUGUAAUUAGGUCGAUUUAUUGUGUUGAUCAUCACAUCAGAAGCGUACGCAGCAUCAGAAUAAAAGUUUGGAUAUUUUUUAUGUGCUCGGGGCUCCUUUGCACAUGUGUGUCUGAGGUUUUGUUCCUGAGAAGACGCAGCAUGUGUUGAAGAUGGAAGAAGGAGCCAAGUUGCACCUGAAAGAGUGGCUGGUAGCUCAGAUAGACAGCGGCAGGUAUGAAGGGCUGAGCUGGGAGGAUGAGGACAAAACCAUGUUCAGGAUCCCGUGGAAACACGCAGCCAAGAAGGACUACAAGCAGACGGAGGAUGCAGCUUUGUUCAAGGCCUGGGCUGUGUACAAGGGCAAAUACCGGGAGGGGAGGGAUAAAGCCGAUCCCACUAUGUGGAAGACCCGUCUCCGAUGCGCACUUAACAAAAGCACAGACUUCCAGGAGGUCCCUGAACGCAACCAGCUGGACAUCACUGAGCCAUAUAAGGUCUAUCGCAUUCAGCAUGAUGUGCCCGCCAAGCCAGCAGAGACUCCCCAGACAAAGGAUCAAGUAAUCAACCAGGUUAAAAGGUCUCCAAGGACCCCCACCUGUCUGGACAAACAGCUUCAUUAUCACAAGGAAUCAUAUCAAGCAAAUAAAGAAGCAAAACCAUUGACUGAUGAUCUGAUGAGGGAGCACAUGUACUGUGAAAUAACAGGCAAAAAAAUUAAAAGUGAGACUCCGGCUCCUAUAACCUUCUUCAGUCCUUCACUUGUGUCGGACUUUCGUAUGCAGGUGAUGCUGUUGUACCAGGGCCAAAUAGUGAUGAAAGUGACCACCAGGAGUCCAGAUGGGUGCUUCAUCUUGCAGGGCCAAGUUCCCCUGGGGAACGAACGGAUCUAUGGACCCUGCACUGCCCAACAGCUCUCCUUCCCUUCCCCAGCUUCUGUAUCCUUGCCGUCCAGCAUGGCUGAAGCAAUGAAUCGCCUUCUUUGUCACCUGGAGAGAGGUGUGCUAUUAUGGGUAGCCCCAGAGGGGGUGUUCAUCAAGCGUUUUUGCCAGGGCAGAGUGUACUGGAGCGGUCCCACAGCCCAACACACUGACCGGCCCAACAAAUUGGAGCGAGAGAAGACCUUCAGACUGCUUGAUAUACCUACAUUUCUCAAUGCGCUCCAGAUGUUUUUACAAGGGAAGGGACCUGCACCUGCUUAUGAGAUUGAGCUCUGCUUUGGAGAGGAGUAUCCAGACCCCGAUGUACCUAAAAACAAGAAGCUAAUCAUGGCAAAGGUGGUUCCCUUGUUUGCAGUGGAACUGUUGCAGAGAUUCAACUUGGAAGAGACUGAACAGAAGCAACUGCAUCUCACCUCCAAAACAGAGUCGGAGAAGAUGUAGGAAGAUUGGAAAAGUGACCCUGUGUCACGGUAGGGAUGAACAAUAUACAAGUGGAUACUGAGGCUGUAUGUCUAUCAUCCAAUCAUCAUGAAAGACAGCCUCAGCAACAGAGUAUGUUUCUUUAGAGUUAGAGAUGCAAUGAAGAAAUGAUGGCUGCAUUGCAGUUCUGUUUGCCGUGCAUCAAGGGAAAUUCAGACAAUGCGCUUUAUUUUUUUUACAUUGUACUGAUAUUUUUUUUGUCCAUCGUGCAGCUAUACUGGCAACAGUUAGCUGUUAUGCAAACAUCUUGUUUAACCAAAUAG